AUGCUUCCAGCUGUGCUGUGCUGUGCUUUCCAAGAUGACCGCCACCUUUACAUGGUUAUGGAGUAUAUGCCCGGUGGAGACCUGGUCACCUUGACCAUGAACUAUGACAUGCCAGAGAAAUGGGCCCGAUUCUACACUGCCGAGGRGGUGCUGGCUCUAGAUACCAUACACUCUAUGGGUUUCAUCCACUGUGACGUGAAACCAGACAACAUACUGCUGGACCAAAAUGGCCACCUCAAGCUGGCUGACUUCGGCACCUGCAUGAAGAUGGACUCGACGGGCAUGGUCCGCUGUGACACGGCGGAGGGGACUCCGGACUACAUCUCCCCCGAGGUGCUCAAGUCUCAGGGGGGCGACGGCUACUAUGGCCGCGAGUGUGACUGGUGGUCUGUGGGGGUCUUCAUCUUUGAGAUGCUGGUCGGUGACACCCCAUUUUAUGCCGAGUCACUAGUAGGAACGUAUGGGAAGAUCAUGGAUCACAAGAAUAACCUUAACUUCCCAGACGAUGUGCAGAUGUCCAACGAUGCCAAGGACCUCAUCUGUGCCUUCCUGUCUGACAGGUAUAUGUUGGGACAGAAACACACCCCUCCCUUCUUCCCUUGCUCCCUCCCUUCCUCAUGGCUGAGGCUGGAAUGUCCCACACGUGGCAGCCCAAACUGCCACACCCCUCCAGCCCUGCACCCUGUGGCAGGGAGGGAGGGGAGGAACGGCGUGGAGGAGAUGAAGAGACAUGGCCAGUGGACCUUCCACACCAUCCUACAGACCGUGGCCCCAGUAGUACCAGAGCUGAGCAGUGACAUAGACACCAGUAACUUUGACGAGAUUAAGGAUGACAAAGGCGACGUGGAGACCUUUCCCACACCAAGGGCCUUUGUGGGCAACCAGCUGCCAUUCGUGGGCUUCACCUACUUCAAGGAAGACCAAGAGUUGGGAAUAAAGGGAUAUCUGUGGAGGACUCUAAAGACUGUAAGGAUAGCUCUGAGGAAAAAGGAGGACAGCAUCAAAGGAGAGCUACAAAAUAAACUCCGUUGUCUGGAGGAGCAGCUCAACCAUGAGAUGCAGGCCAAAGACGACCUGGAGCACAAGUGCAAGACUACCACCAGCCGUCUAGAGAAUCUGGUCAAAGAGAUCGACGAGGAGAUGAACAGCAGGCAGAGAGUGGAGUCAUCGCUGAGGCAGCUGGAGAGAGAGAGGGCCCUGCUGCAGCACCAGAGUGCUGAGAACCUCCGCAGGGUGGAGCUGGAGGCAGACAGGAAACGCAGCCUUGAGAAUGAGCUAAACAGCCUGCGGGACCAGCUUGAAGAGCUGAAGAGGAGGAACCAGAACUCUCAGAUCUCCAAUGAGAAGAACAUCCACCUGCAGAGACAGCUGGAGGAGGCAAAAGCGGUGCUGGCCGAGGAGCAGGAGGCGGCGGGGCGGCUGCGGAGGAGCCAGUCAGAGGCCCAGAAGCAGGUCCAGGCCCUGGAGUUCAACCUCGGGGAGCUGGUGGACAACUGCACCCAGCUGGAGAAUGCCAAGAUGGGCCUGGAGCAGCAGCUGAUGGGUCUGCAGGCCGACCUGGAGGCCGAGAGGCGGGACCGCAGCCUAGGGACAGAGAUUAUACUGGACCUGCAGGGGCAUAUCCAGGGUCUGGAGGAGGAGGUGAAGCAUGUGAAGGGGUCUCUCUCCAAUUCACAGAUGGAGAAGAAGCAGCUACAGCAUAGGCUCACUGACAUGGAAAAGGAGAAGAGCAACCAGGAGAUUGACCUGGCGUUCAAGCACAAGUCACUGCAGCAGAGCUUUGACAUGGAGCGGGCAGAGCACAAGGCCACCAAGACACGCCUGGCCGACAAGAAACAGAUCUACGAGUCCAUCGAAGAAGCUAAGUCUGAGGCCCUGAAUGGGACGGAGCGGACGCUGCAGGAGGAGCGGAGCUACAAGCUGCAGUUGGAGUCCAGAUUGCUGCACCUGGAGAAGGAGUACUCCAUGCUGGACUGUGACUACAAGCAGGCUGAGCACAAACUGGACGAGCUGCGCACGCACAAGGACAAACUCGCUGAGGAGGUGAAAACCCUGAGCCUGUGUAUGGAGCAGGAGGAGCAAAAGCGCAUGCUGAGCCAGAAUGACCUGAAUGCCCAGACCCAGCAGGUGACUGCCCUGUGCUCCUCGGAGAAGCAGCUGAAGCAGGAGCUCAACCACCUGCUAGACAUGAAGCACAGCCUGGAGAAACAGAACCAGGAGCUACGCAGGGAGAGACAGGAGACUGACGGACAGCUGAAGGAGAUGAAGGACCAGCUGGAGGCAGAACAGUAUUUCACGACCCUGUACAAGACCCAGAUCCGGGAGCUGAAGGAGGAGUGUGACGAGAGGAACAAGCUGUAUAAGGACAUUCUGCAGAGACUGGAGGAGUACCAGGAGGAGAGGGAUUCCUUGGCAGCACAGCUGGGGGUGAGCCUGACCAAGGUGGACUCUGAACAGCUAGCGCGCUCCAUCGCCGAGGAGCAGUACUCCGAUCUGGAGAAGGAGAAGAUCAUGAAAAAGCUGGAGAUCAAGGACAUGAUGGCCCAACACAGGCAGGAGCUAGGGGACAAGGAGGCCACCAUCGGCUCGUUGGAGGAGUCCAACCGCACCCUGACCGUGGACGUGGCCAACCUAGCCAAUGAGAAAGAGGAGCUCAAUAACCAACUGAAGGAGAUGCAGCAACAGCUCCAGAAGGCCAGGGAGGAGGAGAGACAUAUGAACAGCGUGAAGAUGUCCUUCGAGAAGAAUCUGCAGACGGAGAGAACGCUUAAGAUACAGGCGGUCAACAAGCUGUCUGAAAUCAUGAACCGGAGGGAGUCGAUGCGUACGGGUCACCGCCACGACGACACCCUGGACAUGCGCAAGAAGGAGAAGGAGAACAGGAAGCUACAGCUGGAGCUGAGGUCGGAGAAGGAGAAACUGAACAGCACCAUCAUCAAGUACCAAAGAGAGAUAAACGAUAUGCAGGCGGUGUUAUCAGACGAGAGCCAGGUACGCAUGGAGCUCCAGAUGGCCUUGGACAGUAAGGACAGUGACAUUGAGCAGCUGCGCUGUCAGCUGACCUCUCUGAGCAUCCACUCUAUGGACUCCACCAGCGUCAGCAGCAGUAACGACAUGGAUGACUGCGGUUACCCAGAUACCAGGCUGGAGGGCUGGCUAUCACUUCCUGUGAAGAGCACCAAGAGAUGUGGAUGGGAUAGAAGGUACGUGGUGGUAAGCAGUAAGAAGAUCUUGUUCUACAAUAGUGAGAUGGACCGAGAGCAGUCCAACCCCUACAUGAUCCUAGACAUUGAUAAGCUGUUCCACGUCCGACCAGUCACUCAAACAGAUGUGUACCGUGCUGACACCAAAGAAAUCCCCAGGAUAUUCCAGAUCCUUUACGCCAAUGAGGGCGAGAGCAAGCGGGAGCAGGGAUUUGCGGCGGAGCCGCUGGCGCUGGCGGGCGUGCGCUCGUCCUACGUCGUGCACAAGGGUCACGAGUUUAUCCCCACUCUCUACCACCUGCCGUCGAGCUGCGAGGCGUGCACGCGGCCCCUGUGGAACGUGUUCAAGCCGCCGCCCGCGCUGGAGUGCCGCCGCUGCCACACCAAGUGCCACAAGGACCACUUAGACCGGAAUGAGGAGGCCAUCGCCCCCUGCAGGGUGAACUACGACAUAUCCACGGCCAAAGACCUACUCCUAUUGGCCGGCUCUCAGGAGGAGCAGCAACGAUGGGUCAGCCGGCUAAUCAGACGCAUCCCGAGGAAACACCCUGGACCCGCCUCCGUGGCCCAAGCCCCCGAGCCACCUUCCCACUCCUCCCCCCGACUCUCCCCUGGCGCCUCCCCCCGCAACUCUCCAAGCCUGUCCCCCCACCGCGGAGCCAUCAAGGUCCAGCCCAGUCGCCAGCAGACUCAGCCUGCAGGGAAGCCCAGCUUACCUCUAUAAUACAAUGGUUUGGUGUAUCCUCUCACAUCAUGUGGACUUUGACUGGAGCCUGGACACACAGUGGAACACACACCUACUUGCCUUGUUCUCAAAUGGCACCCUAUGGCUCUGGUCAAAAGUAGUGCACUAUAUAGGGAAUAGGGUGCCAUUUGAGACACACCCAAAGACUGCAAAACGCCAAGCAUUUACAAAUAUUUUAAGGGAAGAGGGUAAAGGUUAAUGUUGCAUUUACAGUGCCUUCGGAAAGUACUCAGACCCUUGACUUUUUCCACAUUUUGUUACGUUACAGCCUUAGUC